AUGUACCAUUACUCCUCGCCGCCUAAGAGCGAGUUAGAUGGAUCGGUACUAUUUCCUCAGAUGAAAGAUGGGCUUAUACUUCCAACAGAUUUUAAACGACAGGUUUCAACUUCCAAUGAUUCUUUCACAACAUCUGGUGUAUCUAUACCUUCAAUCAAUUCCAAUAGCAUAAAUAUCAAAAGCGAGAUAGACCUCACUGGUUGCAGUGAGUUUUCUGAUGAAGAUUAUAACAAUGAAGUUCCCAAAGGAAGAAGUUCCUCGUUCUGUGGUGCCACACAGUUUUCUUCUCUCAAUCAUACCACCUUUAAUCGAAGCAACCUUAUGUGGAGCCGAGGACUGCAAAAUACCGGGCUCUUCGCUAGUUACGCAGAAGAUAGAAGCCUCCAUAUCCCAAUCCCGUGCGCAGAGGAGAGAGCUGGACCAACAAUGAGCGCUGGAGGAGGAGGGCUUACAGCUACCUCGGUAACAGUUGGUGGUAACGAACCAAAUCCGGGCACUCCAACACAUCUUGGUGCUGAAUCAUCGGCUUGUCGCCCGUAUAUUCCUUCUCCUGAUGACACGUUAGAAGACCUGACGCCUGUUUCACGAGAUCGUUGCAACACAUGGCCACUACCUCGUCCAUCUCUUGAUUUAAAUCCUCAAACGAGUCCUUUAAUCCAUGAGCAAAUACCGGAAGAAGACAAUGAAUUAUAUGACAGCUCUGAUAAUGUGGGACGGCUUGGUGCCUUGUCGACCGCUUCUACGGGGAUGGUACAUUCUCCGGAGAAUACCAUGAAUUUUUCUCCUGGUAUGUCUUCGCCCAUCAUGAAUGGAGUUCCGGCAUCUGGAGCUUCUGAUACAUCCGAUCCUGGAUGCACACCUGGUUCAAAAAAGUCGACAACUAGGAGAAAUGCUUGGGGAAAUCUGAGCUAUGCUGAUUUAAUUACUCAAGCUAUUUUACAAAGUCCAGAAAAACGUCUUACUCUCUCGCAAGUUUACGAAUGGAUGGUCCUAAAUGUGCCGUACUUCCGGGAUAAAGGAGAUUCGAACAGUUCUGCUGGAUGGAAGGUGCGCUAG